GCUCGAUAGGCAGGCAAUCGACGGCCAUGCAGCUCUGACCGCUCAACAAAAAAUUACCACGUGAAGCGAAAUUGUGCGAAUUUCAUCACGGCGUUUAAAAAAUUUCCGGCAAUUUAAACCAAACGCAGAGGAUCACAGGGUUCGGACUCAGUCAGGCCAGCAGAUCCAAUCAAAUAGAAACCCCAAGAGAAAAUCAACCCGAAACACACAGAGAACAUGGCGCUGCGAGUGCAAUUCGAAAACAACGACGACAUCGGCGUCUUUACCAAGCUAACUAACACAUACUGUUUGGUGGCCAUCGGGGGAUCUGAAACCUUCUACAGCGCCUUCGAGGCGGAGCUGGCCGAGACAAUCCCUGUGGUGCACGCCAACGUGGGCGGCUGCCGAAUCAUCGGUCGCCUUACGGUGGGCAACCGAAACGGCCUGCUGGUGCCCAAUUCCACCACCGACGAGGAGCUGCAGCACCUGCGCAACAGUCUGCCGGAUGCCGUGAAGAUUCAGCGCGUGGAAGAACGCCUCUCUGCGCUGGGCAACGUCAUAGCCUGCAACGACUAUGUGGCCCUAGUGCACCCUGAUCUAGACAAGGAGACGGAGGAGAUCAUCGGUGAUGUGCUCAAAGUGGAGGUCUUUCGCCAGACCAUCGCGGACAACACACUAGUGGGUUCCUAUGCCGUUCUGAGCAACCAGGGCGGCAUGGUCCACCCCAAAACCAGCAUACAGGACCAGGAUGAGCUGUCGUCCUUGCUGCAGGUCCCCCUUGUUGCGGGAACAGUGAACAGAGGCAGCGAGGUGCUCGCCGCUGGCAUGGUGGUCAACGACUGGCUCUCCUUUGUGGGCAUGAACACCACGGCCACAGAGAUUUCGGUGAUUGAAAGCGUCUUCAAGCUGAACCAGGCGCAACCCGCCACGGUUACGACAAAACUGCGAGCCGCCCUCAUUGAGGACAUGUCCUAGGCAUCUAGACACCAUCAACCUUUUACGAUUGGUCUAAGCGAUAAUCUGUUAUCUUCUACGAAUUGUCAUUUAAGAACGAAAUACAAAAAAAAAAACCAUAAAA